UUUGACCUUGGUUUUGUUUUAAAUCUUUUGUACUUAUAUGAUAAAAGCUACCAUGUUACAUGUUCAGGCUAUUGAACAUUUUGGUGUGGUAAAUUAUUUUUUACAGCAGACUCGCACAUAGUUCACCCAAUUGGUCAUUGGGCACCUGACUUGGAUACCCAACCGUCCAUUGGGGAAGGGCAGCUCGGUUGCUGGAAGUGGUGGUUGGAAAACGGCAAUGGCGGCAUCUUCUUCUACAGAUAACAACACAAGUUUAGCUACAAGCAAAGAUAAAGCUAUGCAGAGUUAUUCAUAUCCGCCUCCCAUUGCUCACUAUGAAGAUGUGUUUUCUAAUUCUAAACUUUUCAUGGAUAUUCUUGGGAAAUUCCAUGCAGCUUUGGGGACCAAGUUCAAGAUUCCUAUCGUUGGUGGCAGGGAUCUAGACUUGCAUCGCUUAUUUGUGGAAGUCACUUCCCGUGGAGGCAUUAAAAAGGUUCUUGAAGAGAAGAAGUGGAGGGAUGUUACUAAUUGCUUCGACUUUCCAGCCUCUGCUACAAAUGCUUCUUUUAUUUUACGAAAAUAUUAUAUGUCACUGAUUCACCACUUUGAAGAAGUUUAUUAUUUCAAGGCAAAAGCAUGGACUCCUGUUCCUACUGAGACUUGGCAGGGCACAACAACUGACAACGCUUCAACAUCUCGGGUGAAUAAACCCAUGCCUCCAAUACCUGAAACUCAAAUAAUUCCAUCAGCAGAAAAUCAACCUGCGUCAGUCAAGCGGCAGAAGAUAUCAGAAGAGUCGUCUUUGAAAGGUUCUCAGGAAGCACCAAUAGGUUUACCAGUGACGGGAAUAAUUGAUGGAAAAUUUGAAAGUGGAUAUCUUUGUACUGUGACUAUAGGUCCCGAGAAGCUACAAGGAGUUCUUUAUCAAACUGUGCAAAACUCGCCAUAUGAAAUUCCAAAUCAUGAGGGUGUUGUAAAUAUGGAUGCAACUCAAGGACCGCCCACGGUUAGGCGUAGACGUAGACGUAGGAAGAAAUCUGAGAUUAAAAAGAGGGACCCAGCUCGCCCGAAGCCUAAUAGAAGUGGGUAUAAUUUCUUUUUUGCUGAGCAGCAUGCCAGGCUCAAGUUACUUCACACUAACAAGGAUAGAGCCAUCAGCAGGAUGAUUGGUGAAGAGUGGAACAAACUAAACGAGUCUCAGAAGGCAAUUUACCAAGAAAAAGCGAUGAAAGAUAAGGAAAGAUAUAGAAGUGAAAUGGAGCAUUAUAGAGAGGGUUUCAAUAGAGGCCAAGUGUUAACCAAUGCAACGCCUUUGCAACAACAGUAUUAUAUGGCAGACACGACUAUGAUGGCAGUUGAAAAGACAGAUAACAAUGGUGGAAGUUCUCAUCAAAUUCAUGAAAAUGAGCCAAAUUCCGAGUUUUCUGAUGAUGACAGUAGCAGCUUUGAAAAUGAAGAGAAAAUUACGGGUAAAGACUCAAAUUCAGAAAUGGGAGCUGAAUAUGUCCACAUGGAAAUGAAGCCGAAGGAGAAGAUAUUAUUUGAUGAGCAUACAAAAGCAUCAAAAAACCUGUCAGGGUUUCUUGAUGGACCGGAUCAAUAUAAGUCGCCCAUCCAAGGGAAUGAACCACUAAUCUUUGAAAAUGAACCAGCACAUAUACAAAUGAAUGAAUUAAAGCAGGAUGGAAAGACUUCUGUUUGUGAACCAUUGAUUCUUGAUAUUAAUGAUGGAAGCAAUUCAAAGUCAGCUGACGACCAUGAGAAUAAUUUAGUAAAGUUUGAUGCAAUAGUUCAAAAACAGGCCAGUGGUUAUUAGUGAAAAAAAUAGUCUGUGCAAAUAGCAAAAGGCAAUCACCAGAUUCUCCAAGUGAAGCGCAGUGGUGUUGAAGGCCAAAAAAAAAGGUCAGAACUUCGUUUCUUGAUCAAGAUUUCGUUUUUUGACACGAGAGAUAGUAGUUCAAGUUUUCUGUCAUCGCUAGUUUUUCUAGAAUUUUAGUAAGCUUUAUGUUUCAUGCUCGCAUUUAUUUUUCUUGUAGAAGUAUGCGUUUUUUGGGUCAAUGAAAUUCUUUUGCUUAAAUUUAACAAAGUCAGUGGUAUGAAGUUUGAUUCUGUCAAGUUUAGUUA